AUGUACUUCGGGCAGUUUUCCUGGUCACCUGCAGGAGGUGGAGGUAGUGGUAGUGGAGCGGAAGAGUCUCUAGUAUGUGAAGGCCCUGGAUUAUCAGAUGUUGUGUAUCUCUUCCAAUGUGUGUGCUCCUUCGGUGGCUUGGAACCUGAGUCUCCUAACCAUCUCUUCUUGCAGUGUGAGUUCUCUAAAGUUGUUCAUUUCUCAUCACCUCUAGGUGCUAGAAUUCCUCCCUCUAUGGAAAUCUUGGAGUGGCUUGACUUUUGCCUUGAUAGCACUGAUAUCUUGCGAUCCCAGCUGCUUUGUUCUUUACUCUGGAAGAUAUGGAAUGCGAGAAACCUUCUGCACUUCAAACAGAUUGUGAAAGCUCCGGAGUGUGUGGCUAUGGAAGCGUGGGAUAGUGUGUAUGAAUACAAUGCAGCGAAUCCUGUCCCUAAGAAGACGAAUCUGGUUCCCUUUGUGUGGAGCUCCAACAAGCAAGAUAAGGACCUGGCGAUAAUUCAAGUGGGUGCAGGGUGUUUUGAUGAUGGGGUGGUGGCUUUUGGCUGUAUGAUCAAAUCCUGGGACUCUAAGGUGAUUUACGGCGCGUGCAAACGGGAAUCCAUGAGUGUUGAUCCUGCUCUAGCAGAGUUGCUUGCUAUCCGUUGGUGUUUGCAGAUUGCAAAAGAUAUCCAUUUGGACAAAGUUCUGGUGCAAUCCGAUGCUAUGAUAGUGGUUGAUUGUAUCAACUCCACCAUUUCCAAUGCUGCUCUUGAUUUGAUCGCAGGGGAUGUUAGAGAUCUUUGUAAUAUCUUUAGUCUUUGUUCUGUUAUGUACCUUAAUAGGGUGUUCAUUUCUGAUGCCCACAAUCUUGUUAAGUGGGGCAAACUUCUCGGGGCUAGAUCGUGGACUAUUAACAGAAAGCACAUCUUGUACAUAGAGAGCUUCAUUGAAGAAAAUGAAAUGAAUAAUUCUGUUACAGUUUCUUAG